AUGGUUCUCAAACUCUAUGGUCUUUACUUUUCCACUUGUGUUCAACGUGUCGUGACCACUCUCAAAGAAAAGAAUGUCGAAUUUGAAUUGGUCCCAGUCGAUCUUUCCAAAGGUGAACAUAAACAAGCUGCAUUCCUCGAGAAGCAACCUUUCGGAGUCAUUCCAGUCCUCGAAGACGAUGGUUUCUUGAUCUAUGAGUCUCGUGCCAUUUGUAGAUAUUUGGAACAAAAGUUCAAGAAUCAAGGAACUCAAUUGAUCCCAACAGAUUUGAAGGCUUUGGGUCUCUUUGAGCAAGGUGCUUCUAUUGAAACUUCUUACUUUGAUGCCAAUGCCAGUGGUCUUGCUUUUGAAUUGGUAUUUAAGGCCAUGUUCGGAGCUGGUGCUCCUGAUGAAGCUCGUGUCAAGUUAUUGACACAAAAACUCACUUCUGCUUUGGAUGUCUAUGAAAAGAUCUUAUCCAAGCAAGAAUAUAUUGGUGGUAAUCAAUUCACUUUGGCUGAUAUUUAUCACUUGCCUUAUGGUAAUUACUUGUUCCAUCCUCAAGUCAAUUUGGGUCACUUGAUUAACGAUCGUCCUCAUGUGAAGGCAUGGUGGGAAAAGAUUACCAAGAGAGAUUCUUGGAUUCAAGCUUUAAAGUUGGCAGGUCAAUAA